AUGAAGCUCUGCCAGGUUCAAGAGCCAGCGAUCGCGACUAACCGUGGGUUUUCCUCGGUGACUUUGGGGCGACAGGCCCCCUAUCGCGACAGCUCCAAGUUGAGGUGGUACAAGGAGGGCGUUAGCCGAAAACGCGGAUACGCUUUUCAGGACUUGGUCGAGAAAGAGCCACGGGAAACAGAAAGCCAACGCAAGGGCGUUAACGAACUCUUGGCCGAUCUCCGCCGAUCCUCCCACGCCUCCUCAAGUCGUACCACCGCAGCAUCCUUGGCAGCCACGCCCACCGUCCCGCCUGCCAUCCGACAGAUCCUCCAUAUCCCAGAACCGCCUCCUCUGCCACCCAGGCGUGUCCCGAGAUUUGACGCAACAGGGAGACGAGUCCCUCCCGGUCCGCCACCUCCCCGCAGCUGGCUCUCCCGUUCUUGCAGCAAUGCCACCCGUUACAACAGCGCCCAUGCCAUCGCCGUUCGCGGCGCCGUCAAAGGCCUACCGGGCUCCUACGAGCCGGACAAGGGCAGCUUGACGGACCUGUUAUUGCGCAGGAUGGCUUUGAAUUGGGAACUCCAGAGGGAUUAUGAUCGGUACUACCUUCACACGCUUCCCAGCCGAGUCCGGGCCUCUCUGGCCAGGUACGUAGGUUUGUGGUACGAGGCCGGUCUGUCCGCUGCGGACUUGCGCAACAUCCUGAUACCUCCCGCCAUUGACGAAGAGGACGGGGCCCAGCUGUCCCAGGAACCCGAGGACCUUGUGUCUCUGAACAACGACAUCUACUUCCUCGACCUCACGGGCUCCAUCGGCUGUUCCAUGUCAGUCAAGGAACUGGCUGACGUGCUCUUCCCGCUGCAGCUGGCUCUGGCACCGGAAGAGGUACAUGACUCUUGGGACACGGCGGAGGCACCGUCGCUUCCUCCGAAGCUUCUGCCCAACAUCACGCAUCUCUGUCUGGCCGUCACUCCAGGAGCUGGUGCCGAUGGGCCCGGUGUGUCGUGGAAGCAGCUGCUCGCACUCACGGCGAAACUACCCACCCUCACGCAUCUCAGUCUGGCCUACUGGCCCGAGCCGGCGUUGACGCCUAAGGCAAAGUUCACGACGAUUGUAUCGCCUGAGGGCCACACGUCACAGUAUGCGGGCACCGGGGCGUAUUCUCACACCCUUGACGAUGACUGGACUGAGGCCGUCAUCAUGCUGCGGAAGCUGAGCAAGUGCCUGUAUGGAUUGGAACAUCUAGAUAUCACUGGUUGUGGUGCUUGGUUCAAGGCGCUCAUGGUUAAUGUAGAUGGUGAUAAGGUCGACUGGAAUGGGCCGUGGAGCAAGGUCUCUUCACUCGUAUUGAAGUAUGGGUACGAGAUAAGCGAAAAUACUCCUAUAGCCGAUGGCCAAAGGUAUUUGGAGGCGGCAGAGAUGGGCAAGGCAAUCGAACGGUACAUUGUCGGGCAAAGAGGUGGAAAGGGACGGUUCAUCACCGUCAAAAGAGACCAGAUAGAUGAGGCGUUUGCGCAAACUGUGAUUUAG